CUGGCGGUCCGUGGCGGUACCGCCCUUCCCGUCGGGUCCCGCGGAGGUCACGUGACCGACCGGAAGAUGGCGGAGCCGCCGGGAGCAGCGGCCGAGGACUCGUGGGGGAAGGUGGACUCAGCCUACGGCGACAAUGGCCUAGACUCGGCGCUCUUCAUGGAGAACGCCAGGAAAGGGAGCAUCGUGUCCCGAGCCAACAGCAUCGGCUCCACCAGCGCCUCUUCCGUCCCCAACACAGAUGAUGAGGACAGUGAUUACCACCAGGAGCCCUACAAGGAAUCCUACAAGGACCGGCGCCGGCGGGCACACACCCAGGCAGAGCAGAAGAGGAGAGAUGCCAUCAAGAAAGGCUACGAUGACCUGCAGGCCAUUGUCCCCACCUGUGAGCAGCAGGAUUUCUCCAUAGGUUCUCAGAAGCUGAGCAAAGCCAUCGUGCUCCAGAAGACCAUUGACUACAUCCAGUUCCUGCAUAAGGAAAAGAAGAAGCAAGAGGAGGAAGUUUCUACUCUCAGGAAAGAUGUGAUGGCUUUGAAGAUCAUGAAAGUGAACUACGAGCAGAUUGUGAAGGCUCAUCAGGACAACCCAAACGAGGGGAAGGACCAGAUCUCUGAUGAGGUGAAGUUCAACGUUUUCCAGGGCAUCAUGGAUUCCCUCUUCCAAUCCUUCAACGCCUCCAUCUCAGUAACAAGUUUUCAGGAGCUCUCAGCUUGUGUCUUCAGCUGGAUUGAGGAGCACUGCAAGCCCCAGACCCUGCGGGACAUCGUCAUCGGGGUCCUGCACCAGCUGAAGAGCCAACUCUACUGACCCCCCCUGGGGCUGGGCUGGGCCAUUGCUCUCCUGGCUCUUCUGAAGCUUCAAAUUAUUUAUUGUGUGACCCACCCACCCAACCCACGGCCACCCGUGGGUGCUGUCACCAUCACUGAUACCAAAUCCACACAGGGACCUGGCCCAAGGGGAGGAUGUGUGUCUGUGGGGUGUGGGGGUGCUGGUUCUGGUGCUCCACUGUGGGGUCCCCAGUGCCCCAGGGGCAGCUGCAGGGGGGUGGGAGGUGUUGAUUGAGCUGAGGAUCCUCCUGGGGGAGGGAAGGGGUGCACAGAGCAAACCCCUGAGGCUGCCCCUGCCCUGGGGAGGGAGGACGUGGAGCAUUACAGACCUCACGUGCAAAAGCAAUGUAUUUUUCUAUUGUGAAAAGUAAUUAAAUAAAUUUUGCUGAAUGUUUUAA